UGAGCUAGUUAAAAAAAACCCAAUAUUAUAUGAAAAAAAGCUUCCAGGUUAUACAUUUCAAUAUAAAAAAGAACAACUGUGGGAAGCUAUUAGCGCGGAACUAAAAAUUCCGAAAGAUAGAGCUAAAAUGCAUUGGAGAUCAUUACGAAACGCAUUUUUGCAUUACAAUCACGUAAAGGGAACUACUACUAAGAAAAUGGGAAAAUGUAAGACACAGUAUCGCUUUUAUGAGACACUGCUUUUUUUAAAUGAAAGGGCAAAGCCUAAAGGUAUAAUCCCAAAAAAUGAACUGGAAGAAGAGAGUUUGGAUAUUGAUGAAACGAUUUCAUCAUCGCUAUUAGCGCAGUCGUCGUCAGAUGCACCACCAACUUCAGUACUAUCACCAAUCGCAUCAGAAUCACCAAUGCUAACAUCCUUAUCAUCAAUACCAUCACCACCGCCUUCAGCAACAGAGUUUGCUACAAUGUCUUCACCAAAUCUUGCAAAUGCGCAAUGCCGAUUAAAAUCAGCAACAGAGUUUACUGCAAUGUCUUCAUCAAAUCUCACAAGUGAGGAAUGCCGAUUAAAAUCAGCAACAGAGUUUACUGCAAUGUCUUCAUCAAAUCUUACAAGUGAGCAAUGCCGAGUAAAAUCGAGCAAUGGUAAAGAUCCCAUAAAUCUUUUAAAUGGAUUUAGUAAACCAGCAGAUGCGGACAGCAUAUCCGCUUUUUUUUGCUCUCUAGCGACAAUGGUUCGCUCUUGCAAUCUAAACACCAGAGAAAUGCUUGAUUUCCAGAUACAAAGCUUGUCUGCUACAAAAGAAAUUUUGCAAGAGUUGGGAAAGUUGUAGAAGAAUAAUUGACCAUCUCAACAA